CUGGGAUUGGUCGGGACCCUGGAGGCGACUCCGAACGUGGCGCGGGGUUUGCUCGCUGCGGCGCGGCGGGGACUGGUGGGCGGAAUGUCCCAAGCCGGUGGCGGUGCGAGCGGUGAUGCGGGGCAAGAAAACUCUGCUGCUGCCGGCCCGUUCAGCUUCAGCCCGGAGCCCACGCUUGAGGACAUCCGACGUCUCCAUGCAGAAUUUGCUGCUGAACGGGACUGGGAGCAGUUCCACCAGCCUCGGAACCUGCUCCUAGCCUUGGUGGGAGAAGUGGGCGAGCUGGCAGAACUCUUCCAGUGGAAGUCUGAUGCAGAGCCUGGUCCUCAAGCCUGGCUGCCAAAGGAACGAGCAGCCCUUCAAGAGGAGCUCAGCGACGUCCUCAUCUACCUGGUGGCAUUAGCAGCCCGUUGUCGCGUGGAUUUACCUCAAGCAGUAAUUGCCAAAAUGGACACCAACCGACGACGUUACCCAGUCCAUCUCUCCCGAGGUUCUGCCUGCAAAUACACAGACUUGCCCCAUGGGGCCAUCCCCGAAAACCAGGCUGUGGGGGCUGCAGAACCUACCUCUGAGUUGCAAAGCCAGGCCUCUACCUAGGAAAAAGUGUCAGAACAGCAGAGAUGGACUCGUUCUAGUCCGUUCUUAACUGAGUCAUAGGUCUGAGGCCCGAGUUUCCAAAAGAUAAUCUCCUGGUCUUUUCUCUCUCAAUAAAAUGAUACAUGACAACAACGUCUAGAUUUUUCCUGGGUGGCUAGGUGGAACAUCUCAGGGCCUUCAGAGAAGCAGGCUUACAAAAGCAGAGAACUGGAAGUAAAUGUGGGCCACAAGGCUUUGAUGAGUGCAGAAUACAGCUUCCUUUCCUCUUUGGUCCCUUGGUACAAGUAAAGGCCACCCACCCCUCUCACCUGGCUAAUUCUGUUCUUCUUCUGCAGCGAGGUGGUACUGAGUGAAUGAUUUAUGUGGUGUGUAACCUAAGGCACCCCACUUCCCGAGACUGCUAGGCCUGCCUCCCAAAAACAGGGUCACACAGAGAAAGCAAUAGUAGUGAUUAUCUGCCCCGCAGCUUGUUUGCACAUUAGUAAGGUGACGGUUUCCCAGCCCCUCUCCUGCCCCUCUUGCCUUCCCAGGUAAAGCAAGUCAUCAUUAAACUGCUUUGUUUUAUAUUCCCAAACCCUCUGAAUCUUGUUGGGUUUUUGUUUUAUUUUUUGAGACAGGGUUUCUCUGUGUGACUUUGGAGUCUGCCCUAGAACUCGCUCUGUAGAACCUUCUGACAGGGAUGCUGGAGUGUAGCUCUUCACAGCUGAUGGCCUCUGGAGGGAGGUGGGGAACAACUCGGUUAUCUUUAAGGGGCUGGCCGGCCACUGGGCGUUUGGCCAUGCUCCAGUGAGUAUUGAGUGGGCAGUACAAAUUGGACCUGAUGUAUUUUUUUUCUUUUUGUGGUGAGGGCACAAGGCUGGAGGGUAGACCUGGGAGGAACUGGAAAUGAGUGUAAACAGGGUGCAUUGUGUGAUAUUCCCAAAUGAAUAAAAAUGUUACAAUGGAAAUAAAGGUGUACUCCACAGGGGAAAA